CGAGAUUGAAGAGGUGCCUCGGCACGCCUCCUCCAGGGAGGGGGACGCGCGAAUAAAUCCAGUCGAUAAGGUGUCCAGCAAUGAGGAACAAAGGGAAGAUAUACAAAUGGGAGACUCGCACCCGACCACCGCUCAUCUACCUGCGACUGCUACUGGUACCACAGCGACUUCGAAAGCGGACACCUGCCAGCGCAACUGGACCGACGAAGAUGAAAUUGAAAGACUUGUUUGCACCGAGAGAAGAAGAGCCGUCUUUCUCCCUCCUCGGCCAUCUCGAUCUCGAUUUGGAGCUCGAGGACGAUGUACUCGGUUGUUCAUCCGUCCCCACCACAGCACUACCCUCCACGCUUGUAACCACAUCAAGUUCAGAACCGUUCUCCAGCUCAAAUUGGAACCAGGAGGUAAAAAGGCUUGGACGCGAAGGGAGCGCUGUCAUCACUCCAGACUCUACCCGGCGACUUCUCUUUCCCCUUGUCGAAUCAUUACCCUACUCCAAUUCUGGUGCACGAAUCUCAAUCUCAAAACAGGCGCGUACACACGCGAGAAGUGAUACUUGGUCCGUCGUCUUUCCACGUUCCCAAGUAAAUGUUGGCACUCCACAAGACCAGAGUAAUCCACCUCCACUCUCUGGCACAGGGCGGAAAUUCGAGAGGUCCCCUGACACUACGGAACAGUUUAUACGCGAGGCAUGGGAAAGGGAUAAGAGCGAGAUGACGAGCGCGUGGAAAAAGGCAUGGAAAGAAGCGAAGGGGAGGAAGAGGGGAUGUGCUGCCGCUGAUGGAAUGGACGUGUAGUGAGGAUCAUCUAUAGGCUCUGUUGAUGUCACUCCCCACAUUCCAUGAACACCGUGGCAUAUGACCCGUUUCCCGCGGGUAAGCUGAUAUAUAUUUUUG